CUGCUAAAUGGUGAGGGAAUUUUCUUUAAAAAAAACGACAUAUUUCCUACAAAAACAGUUUUCAGAAAACUUCAACAAGUUCAACAACGACAACGACUACGCUCCACAAAAUCCAGGUCAACAUCAGUAUUCAUCCACGUUAAUCAAAAGGUGAGUCAAUAACCGAAAAAGAAACGGGUUAACAAAAUAUGUCUUGGGAAAUUUGAUCAAGUUUAGUUAUUUUUGAAGAUAAAUAUAAAGUUCUUUCUACUCUGAAAAACAUGAAAAUUCAUCUCAAUUUUACAGAAUAUGCUCUCCGAUGCUCAGUCUCGCCAGCACUCAAUGGAAAACUCGACACAAACAACACGAAAAGCAGCUUUAUGGCGAGGGAAACGAGACAAUCCGCAACAUCUACGAAAUUUUCCACUUCUAA